AUGGAGGAAAUUAGCACGGACACAGUCACUAGCCCCCCAGAGGGCGCGCCCCGUUUUCCCGCAGCUCCGACGGCCGCUGUCAGCGCGCCGAUCAGAGGCCUGUCCCCCAAAAGGGCACAGACGAGGUCCAGAAGGGUUUUGGCCGGGGAGCCCCGGGGAGCUGCGCGGUCCGCGGGUCUCCCCGUGGAGACCACAGACGCGGUGUCCACAAGCCCGCAGCAAACGCACCGCCGCCCGCAGCGCCGCCACUCCCCGGGGUUCCGCGCCGAUCCCCGCUCGGCUCCCCCGCCCGCCGCCGCGACCCGAGGGAGGGAGACUCGCUCGCACACCGACGGAGGGAGAAGAGACCGAGGGGGAGAGCGGGCGGGCGGGCGGCGAGCGAGCGGCAGCCGAGAGCGGGGACGCGGGGAGCGCGGCGGGCGGGCGCCGGCGCCCGGGAGGUGGGGCCGCGCCGAGUCGCAGUCCCGGCCCCGCUGCCGCCGCGCUGCGCACCGACCGGUGCCGGCCUGCGCCCCGAGCCCGAGCGGCGGCCAGCCCGACUCCCGAGCCCGCGCGGAUGUGAGAUUCCGGGCUCCUGGCGCCUCCGGAUCGCUGACCGCCGCGCCGCGCGGCUUCGCCCAAGAGGAGGCGGCCGGGCUGGCUGUGUGGCUUGUGGAUUUUUUUUUUAAAUUUGGCUCCGAGGAGGACCAUUUCCUCUCGACAUGCAUCCCUCCGGAUAGACUGAACAUCCCUCGAUCCAUCCCCCGCCCCGCGCGGUCAGCGGCAGGCGCUGGGUGUGCGAAGAGGAUCCGGGUUGAAAUCUGCGCCCCCGGUUCUCGUCCCCGCCCCGUCCCACAUCCCCCUCCCCCUCCCGGAGUCGAAAUUUCCCGGGGAUUAUGUUUCCGAAAGGUAGGUAAGCGCCGGGCGCGGCGCCCGCGUCCCCGCAGCCCGGACCGGGAGAGCCAGCGAGGCGGCGACACAGCCCCCGCGGCUUGCCGCGAAGCCGACAGCUCGUCUCCUCUUCUGGGGGUGCUGCUGGUGGUAGGGGGGGAGAGACUUGCUCCAAACACGGACGUCCCCCAGCUCUCCCCCCCCUCCCUGUUUUCCGUUAGGAACCCGGCGGGGAAAUACAUGCACUCGCUGAGAAUCGCCCGCGCCAAGGCACAACGCUACAAGGUGUAGGGACAGUGUGGGGUGGGGUGAGAGGGGACCC